CGGCCCCGCCCCGGGCAUCCCGCGCCGACCUGGCCUCGCUGCAGGGUGAGCAUCAUGGCCGCUUGGAGACAGCCCCAGGCCGGGGAGCUGCUGGCCGAGGCCCGUAGAGCGUUCCGGGAGGAGUUCGGGGCCGAGCCCGAGCUGGCGGUGUCGGCGCCGGGCCGCGUCAACCUGAUCGGGGAGCACACGGACUACAACCAGGGCCUGGUGCUGCCCAUGGCGCUGGAGCUUGUGACUGUGCUGGUGGGCAGCCCCCGGGAAGACGGCCUUGUCUCCCUCCUGACCACCUCCGAAGAUGCUGAUGAGCCCCGGCGGCUCCAAUUUCCACUGCCCACAGCCCAGCGGUCACUGGAGCCCGGGACCCCCCGCUGGGCCAACUAUGUCAAGGGAGUGAUUCAGCACUACCCAGCUGCUCCCCUCCCUGGCUUCAGUGCAGUGGUGGUCAGCUCAGUGCCCCUGGGGGGCGGGCUGUCCAGCUCGGCGUCCCUGGAAGUGGCCACAUACACUUUCCUGCAGCAGCUCUGCCCAGACUCCGGGUCCAUAGCUGCCCGGGCUCAGGUGUGUCAGCGGGCCGAACACAGCUUCGCAGGGGUGCCCUGUGGCAUCAUGGACCAGCUCAUCGCACUGCUGGGGCAGAAAGGCCACGCGCUGCUCAUUGACUGCAGGUCCCUGGAGACAAGCCUGGUGCCGCUGUCAGAACCCAAGCUGGCCGUGCUCAUCACCAAUUCCAACGUCCGCCACUCGCUGGGCUCCAGCGAGUACCCUCUGCGGCGGCGCCAGUGUGAAGAAGUGGCCCGGGCGCUGGGCAAGGAGAGCCUUCGAGAGGUGCAGCUGGAGGAGCUGGAGGCUGGCAGAGAGCUGGUGAGCAAGGAGGGUUUCCGGCGGGCACGACAUGUCGUGGGCGAGAUCCGGCGCACGGCCCAGGCCGCGGCUGCCCUGAGCCGCGGAGACUACAGAGCCUUUGGCCGCCUCAUGGUAGAGAGUCACCACUCGCUCAGGGAUGACUAUGAGGUGAGCUGCCCCGAGCUCGACCAGCUCGUCGAGGCCGCGCUGUCAGCACCUGGGGUUUACGGCAGCCGCAUGACUGGCGGUGGCUUCGGUGGCUGCACCGUGACCCUGCUGGAGGCUGCCUCCGUUCCCCAGGCCAUGCAGCACAUACAGGAGCAGUACAGCGGCACCGCCACCUUCUACCUCUCUCAGGCGGCCGACGGUGCCAAGGUGCUGCACUGGUGAGGCCCUCCCCGGGACAGCACCCGGUGGGCAUGGGGCCUGCCAGGCAGCACGUCACGAAGCUCCAGGCCUCUGGCGCCUCUUGCCCUCUGCAUCUGGGUGCUCAAUAAACUUGUGCCUCCCAUCACGAUAA